AUGGAGCCCCGGCCACUCCUCCUGCUCCUCGGACUCUGCUCAGCUGGCCUCGUCCUGGCCUCCAAACAUGAGACCCGUCUGGUGGCAAAGCUCUUUGAAGGCUACAACAGUGUGGUACGGCCCGUGGAAGACCACCGCAAUGUCGUGGAUGUCACGGUGGGCCUGCAGCUGAUACAGCUCAUCAACGUGGAUGAAGUAAAUCAGAUCGUGACAACCAAUGUUCGUCUGAAACAGCAAUGGGUGGAUUACAACUUAAAAUGGAAUCCAGAUGACUAUGGUGGCGUGAAAAAAAUUCACAUUCCCUCGGAAAAGAUCUGGCGUCCAGACAUCGUUCUUUAUAACAAUGCAGAUGGUGACUUUGCCAUUGUCAAGUUCACCAAAGUGCUCCUGGACUACACUGGCCACAUCACGUGGACACCUCCCGCCAUCUUUAAAAGCUACUGUGAGAUCAUCGUCACCCACUUUCCCUUUGAUGAACAGAACUGCAGCAUGAAGCUGGGCACGUGGACCUACGAUGGCUCCGUGGUGGCCAUCAACCCGGAAAGCGACCAGCCAGACCUGAGCAACUUCAUGGAGAGUGGAGAAUGGGUGAUCAAGGAGUCCCGGGGCUGGAAGCACUGGGUGUUCUAUGCCUGCUGCCCCUCCACCCCCUACCUGGACAUCACCUACCACUUUGUCAUGCAGCGCCUGCCCCUCUACUUUAUCGUCAACGUCAUCAUCCCCUGCCUGCUCUUCUCCUUCUUAACCGGCCUGGUGUUCUACCUGCCCACAGACUCAGGAGAGAAGAUGACCCUCAGUAUCUCUGUCUUGCUGUCCUUGACCGUAUUCCUUCUGGUCAUUGUGGAACUGAUCCCUUCCACCUCCAGCGCCGUGCCCUUGAUCGGGAAGUACAUGUUGUUUACCAUGGUGUUCGUCAUCGCAUCCAUCAUCAUCACUGUCAUCGUCAUCAACACCCACCACCGCUCCCCCAGCACCCACGUCAUGCCCGAGUGGGUGCGGAAGGUUUUUAUCGACACUAUCCCAAAUAUCAUGUUCUUCUCCACGAUGAAAAGACCAUCCAGAGAAAAACAAGACAAAAAGAUUUUUACAGAAGACAUUGAUAUUUCUGACAUUUCUGGGAAGCCAGGGCCUCCACCAAUGGGUUUCCACUCUCCUCUGAUCAAACACCCCGAGGUGAAAAGUGCCAUUGAGGGCAUCAAAUACAUCGCAGAGACCAUGAAGUCGGACCAGGAGUCCAAUAAUGCGGCUGAGGAAUGGAAGUAUGUUGCGAUGGUGAUGGACCACAUUCUCCUGGCAGUCUUCAUGCUCGUCUGCAUCAUCGGAACCCUGGCUGUGUUUGCAGGUCGGCUCAUUGAAUUAAAUCAGCAAGGAUGA